AUGGGUUCUGUGGGAAGCCGGCGCCUCAAGGAGCCCAGUGUGGUGGGCACACCUGACAGGAGCUUGGGGACCAGCUUCAGCUUUGACAGCUUCCAGCUGGAGGCUGCUGCGACCAUGGUGGAGGCAACUCAAGACCAGGGCAUCAGGGCCAGGAGUGUCCCCACCUUUGUGGACUCGGCAGCCGCAGAGCCUGUGCCUGAGGACCGCUACCAUGCCAUCUACUUUGCCAUGCUGCUGGCUGGCGUGGGCUUCCUGUUGCCCUACAACAGCUUCAUCACCGACGUGGACUACCUGCACCACAAGUUCCCAGGGACCUCAAUUGUCUUCGACAUGAGCCUCACCUACAUCCUGGUGGCGCUGGCGGCCGUGCUCCUCAACAACGCCCUGGUGGAGAGACUGAGCCUGCACAGCAGAAUCACCACAGGCUACCUCCUGGCCCUGGGGCCUCUGCUCUUCAUCAGCGUCUGCGAUGUGUGGCUGCAGCUCUUUGCGCAUGACCAAGCCUAUGCCAUCAACCUGGCCGCGGUGGGCACCGUGGCCUUCGGCUGCACAGUGCAGCAAUCCAGCUUCUACGGGUACACAGGGAUGCUGCCCAAGAGGUACACGCAGGGGGUGAUGACGGGGGAGAGGCCCCAGCCCUGCUGUGCUCAGCUUCUCACCUAUGCAGAGAGCAGGGCUCUGCUAGCCCCAGCCAGGGACUUGCAUCCCAAUCUAGUGGGUCCUGAGGCCACGACGGGCUGGACACUCGAGAGAUGCACGGCGGGGGUGAUGAUCUCCCUGAGCCGUAUCCUCACCAAGCUGCUGCUCCCGGACGAGCGCGCCAGCACGCUCAUUUUCUUCCUGGUCUCCGUGGGCCUGGAGCUGCUGUGCUUCUUGCUACACUUGCUGGUGCGGCGCAGCCGCUUCGUGCUCUAUUACACCACGCGGCCACGAGACAGCCGCCGGGGCUGUAGGGCCGGCUACCGCGUGCACCACGACGUCACCGCGGAGGACAUCCACUUCGAGCACCAGGCCCCUGCCCUGGCCAGCAGUGGGUCCCCCAAGGACAGUCCAGCCCAUGAGGCGACCCGCGGCUACGUGCGCUUCGAUGUUCCGCGGGCGCGGAGCUGGCCCAGCUUCCGAGCCCUCCUGCUGCACCGCUACGUAGUAGCGCGGGUCAUCUGGGCUGACAUGCUUUCUAUCGCGGUGACCUACUUCAUCACACUGUGCCUGUUCCCCGGCCUGGAGUCCGAAAUCCGCCACUGCGUGCUGGGAGAGUGGCUGCCCAUCCUGGUCAUGGCCGUGUUCAACCUCUCAGAUUUCGUGGGCAAGAUCCUGGCCGCCCUGCCUGUGGACUGGCGGGGCACCCACCUGCUGGCCUGCUCCUGCCUGCGUGUGGUCUUCAUCCCCCUCUUCAUCCUGUGCGUCUACCCCAGCGGAACGCCUACCCUCCGCCACCCAGCCUGGCCCUGCAUCUUCUCCCUGCUCAUGGGCAUCAGCAAUGGCUACUUUGGCAGCGUGCCCAUGAUCCUGGCAGCUGGCAAAGUGAGCCCCCGGCAGCGAGAGCUGGCAGGGAAUACCAUGACUGUGUCCUACAUGUCAGGACUGACCCUGGGCUCCGCCGUGGCCUACUGCACCUACAGCCUCACCCGCAACGCCCACAGCAGCUGCUUCCAAGCCGCCACCACCACCACCAAUGGGUCCCUCGUCCCAGGGCCCUAAGUCCUGCCCACCUGCCCUUUCCAGGGAGACUGCUGUGCCCACCGGGAUGGCCCAGGCCACCACCCUAUCCGCCUGCAGUGCCUGGGGGCUGAGCCAGCCUCCUCCUGUGCUAACAGCCCCACCCAGCCAGCCUGGGUAACGUUUCUGUGACCCACAACACUGCCCAGCGCUGUGUUCCACACCUUGUCUGCCGUGUCUGUGUCCAGUAGUCUGGGCUCUGGUCAGGCCAGCACUCUGUGGGUUCCCUGCCCGGGAUGACAGACUCAGAGCCUCAGCACCUUCUGCCAGUGACCCUGAAGGACAGUCCGCUUUGAGAUUCCCCUUGUCACCAUCAGUGUCCACGGCCCUUGUUGGGGAGGAUCCACCUCAUGGCACUUGAAGGUGGUGCAGUCCCCAGCCGUCACCCUCAGGCCUCACCCCUGCUGCUUGUCCUUGAGCACCGAACACAUGCAUCUGCUGCAGAAGAAAGAUGGCCCUGGCUUCAGUGUACCCAGCACAGAGCUAGCUCAGUGACACCUCCCACCCCAGGCCUGAGGUUCUGCCUGCCGGGUCCUCACUCCCCUCAGCCCAUCCAUGGCACGAGAGGGGCUGGCUUUGGGGGCCAUGAAGCAGUUCCUGAGAUCAUCUCAACCCUGGCUUGGCUUCCUCUUGGAGAGGGACACGUGCCCAAGGGGCCACGACAAGCUGGGAGGGCUGGCGCCACUGCAGGUGACCAGGCUGACUGGGGCAUCCUGCCAAAGACAGUGCCAGACCCCUAUGUCCCCAGCUCUCUGUGACCAUGCUGUCCCCUCACCUGCUGCGUCCCACCCACCCGUGUC